AUGACGACUGAAUGUGGCUCCAACAACGUGCCAAUGAAUCGCUUUCUAGUGCACAUUCGACCGCUUAACACAGUGGUUGUGUCCGCGAGUGCCAAGAUCCGUCGUGAGAAGAGCUUCCCUCGCAACUGAUUUAUUUUGACCGCCAAAUAGGGACACACCGUCGUACACCUUUAACUUUUAAAUCAAUUUUAAACGUGUGCAUCGUCGUGCUAUUUCCACUGCUUGCCGAGAAGUUUACUCUCUACAAAGCAAUUUAUUACAGAGUGCGCGCGAUUGAGUGCUAAUUCCAAAGAUCCUAUUAAAUAAAUCAUAUUGGAAUGGAAUAAAAAUUACUAUGGACAAGAACAAGAAGAAGAAAUUUAUUGCUUCUUUAUCACUCCAUUCUGUAUGUGUGGUUAUUGCUGGUGUGCCAAUUAGUUUUGUGACUGCGUGAAAGAUUGAGAAACUCCUCCGAAGUAAAAAAAAUAAAAAUUAAAAAUCCAUCAACAGUGUGCUUUAGUCUGUUGUGAAUCACCCAAAGAAACUCAUCUCCAUUCACUCUCUUUUUUAUGCUAAAUAAAAUUAUUUCUCACAGUGAUAGCCUUUAAUUACCAUCACGCAGUUAAAGUGGAAUUUGAGUUUUUUCAACCCAAAAAAUAUGGAACGUUUAUUUGGAAGUGUGGCGUUGGCCGUAUUACUCCAAUUAUGCGUUUUUAUAGAUUAUGCUGCAGGCGUGAAGUGCUACAGAUGUACCGUGGCCCCCAGUGCCCGCCUAAAUCAAACAAUGCUCUGCGCCAAGUUUGACGAGAGCAGCUACUAUGCUGUGGAGUGUCCGUACUCAACGAUGUGCAUGAAAAAAAUAUUUAGACUGAAAUUGAUGAAUGGUCAAGAAGUUGAGACCGUAACGCGAGAUUGUGCCCAGCAGAAGAGAACGGAUGAAGUUUUCCGGAAUGGCCGUUGGGAGAAGGAGAGUACAAUUGAGGAGGCCUACGAAGAGGGAUGUGAGACAAUUGAGGAGAACAAGAACACACAAUCCAUGACUGUUUUCUGUCACUGCCGCGGUUCAUUGUGCAAUUCAGCACCGAAAGAGACUCUCGUGAGCUACCACGUUGAUGCCAUGGCUGUAAUUUUAGUCUUCAAUGCUAUGAAAUACUUUCAGAGCAUAGACUGAGCGAGAUGUCUCUGACUUUGAAUACCCACAUUGCAUUACCAAGCCACUGAUAAGCGUUUCAUAUUUAUGUUUUAUUAUUAAAUUAUUAUCUCUAUAUACAUACUCUCCACAAGAGGAGUGCGCGCGCUUUUAGUAAAAAUUUGUGACUUUGCAAAGUCAAAGUCUUUUGAAUUUUUUUUCUUAUUCUUUUGAUAACACGACCCCGUCAUGAUAAAAAAAAUUGUGUAAAAGUUCAUAAUUUAGAUAAAGUGAAAUACUCGUAUGUAGAAAAUGCCAAAAUGUGAUAUAAACCGAAAGUUAUUUCAAUAAAAACCACUUAAAUAAUUUAUAAAAGAUAAA